CAAGGAUGCAAAAGCUUUCACAUCCUUAUCUUUGCUUCUAAAAGCUGUGACUUCUCCACAGAAUUAAAAGAGAGGAAAAAGCAAAAGCAAUGGCAUCAACAUCUCAGCCUCUACGAGGUAAAAGGGCAUGUAAAAAAAUCUUCUGGGCAGUGUUUCCUCAUGCCUGCUUCAUUCUGUCUCUUGUGAUCUAUGCUUUCCUGGGGGCUGUCAUGUUUUCCCACAUUGAAGGUAACCGGAAGGUCAAUUUAAGUGAAGAAUAUAGAAAAUUCAUGCAGAAUUUGUGGUACAUCUCCAGAAAUUUAUCAGAUAAUAUGACAGAAAAUGAGGAGAUAUUUAAGGAAGAAAUCCAUGCACUGCUCAAUACAGCUGAACGAGACUGGUUUGUCAACCCAAAAGACAAAUGGACUUUCUUUGGGUCUCUCUUUUUCUGCUGCACAGUAUUCACAACUGUGGGUUAUGGCAAUACCUAUCCUGUGACACGGGCUGGAAAGUAUCUCUGUAUGUUGUAUGCUUUAUGUGGCAUCCCUCUGAUGUUCUUGGUCCUGACAGACAUGGGAGACAUCCUUGCGACUGUCUUAUCCAAGUGUUACAAUGAAUUCAGAAAGCUCCAGUCAAAACUUCUAGCCUCUAAACUCUGUUCUGGACGCACAUGCAACAAAGGGGACAAACUGAAAUCCAGAGCGCAGUCCAACAUAGUCAUCAAUGAGCCCUUGAGUAUUAUGGAAGUGCUGAAAAGUCAACCGGGCGUUAAAAGGAAGCUGGUCAAAUGCCGCAACGCUGAGAUAUUUGAGAUGUUAAUUGCCAGAGAGAAUGAAUGUACAGGCCCAGUGAGAAACAAGAGCAUUGAGAGGUGGAGCUCAUGUCCUGAACUAGCCAGGGGAAAGACAAUGUCAAGAGUCAUGGAGAAUUUUGACAAAAUUGGGAAGCAGUUAGAAAAGUUAGAUGUGCCCAUCGUGUUAAUGGUGUUAGUUAUCUUUGUGUACAUCUCCUGUGCGGCUGCUAUUCUUCCAAACUGGGAAACAAGGUUGGAUUUUCAGGAAGCCUUUUAUUUCUGCUUUAUCACCUUGACAACUAUUGGAUUUGGAGAUACACAACUGGAACACCCCAAGUUUUUCUUGUUUUUUUCCCUCUAUAUUAUUAUUGGCAUGGAAAUAGUUUUCAUUGCUUUUAAGCUGGGCCAAGACCGCUUAAUUGGUUUGUAUAAAAAGGUGAUCUCAUUUUGUGGGGAGAAAAAGAUGCCGUCAAUGAAGAUAUAUCCAAAAUAAGUAAUUCCUCCUUCACUUGUAAGCAUUGGCCACUACAAUGAGAUGAAACUUUCUUUGCAUUUCUGCCUAGGGGUGGCAGGAGGUAUACCUUAUUCUGAUUUCUUCUGAGAAUCUAAUUGAAAAUGGAUGAAUACCUCAGGACACACUUGGAGAAGGCAUCUCCAGGAAGUACUUUCCAGCAGGAUCCCACCUCCUGAAUAAUGAUGAUGCAUGAUGAAAAAGGAGAGGGCUCUCCCUGCCAGUGCUCCCUAGCACCUUUAGCAAAGCCUUUCGCUCCUCUCUCCCAUCACAAGCCAGUAUAGGGUAUCUUUUUCAGCACUUGUCCAAGCAAGUCCUAGAUCACAAUGUCAUCAUGCCACCUUGUCUGCAGCUAGGGACAGCUUAGUUGUGGCUGUCAAUACUGAACUGUGUCAGAAUGCCAUUGCAAUAUGAUUUAUCAUCAGAGAGAACUGGGGAGAAGGACUGUGAACCCAGCUGCUAUUCUGUCAUGACUGCAUGUAUUGCAAAUAUUGCACCUUUAUGUAGGCCAGAGGAAUUCUAAAAUUAAAAGGAGGACACCAAAUUUCCACCUCUUUCUCUGUCCCCUGUCCAGAAAUCGAUCAGAAAACUGUUCAUCAAUUCAUGGUUGAAACCACUUCUUUUCCAUCAUGGUUUAUCAUAUCUUUGCUCAUCCCAGAGUCAGUAUGUCUUGUGGUAUCCAGCUAUAGAAGUGCUUGUGACAAGGUCUGCCCUUGUGAUGGUAAGGGGAAAACACGGAACAAACUUCAAGGUGAGUACAGCUGUGGAAUGAACCUCCAACUCUUUGCUGACGGUCUGGGAACACCGACCCCAGAAGUCCUCACUCCUCAUCCAGGUUUUACUCUGCACAGACUGCUUGACUUCUGGGAGUUCCUUGACCCAUAGACAGAAAAGUGUGCCUAUUUCAAUGUGAUGUGGUGAGGAUCCUGUAGUUAUAUAUCUGUAGAGUGCAUUAAUACAUGAAUAAUGCUGUAUCUUCAAGAUUUUGCUUAUAUUAUUCAUAAUCUGGAUCAAGCUGUCAAUGAUAGAUUUUUUUUCUCCCUGACAAACCAAAAACCACCAAAACACUCUAUGAAAGAAAUCACUGACUUUAAUUAACCUGUUAACCUGUAAAUUGUA